GGAUAAAAAUAGUGACCGUUUUGUUUUAAUAUAGGAAAAGAUGUAAGGAGAAAAGAGUUAUAUUUGGAUGAUAUCACUCCCAUAUGUUAUCCAUUGAUAGAUGAUGAAAUGGAGAUGGCAAAAAAUUGAUGGAAAAUCCGAUUUCCGGGCAUAGAAUCACGGGGAAGUGUCACUCUGAAAACUAUGGUUGUUCCAACAAAAAAGAAAACGAUCCCUCAUCCUGUAAUUUUUUCUUCUUCAAAACAUUCUCUAUCUUUUUCUCUGUUUUUUUUUUUUUGCAUUUUCAGGUAGGUUUAGGGUCCCCCUCUUCAGCUGUCUUUGAGAAUUUCUGGAAAUCAUGGAAAAUGCCUUAGAUGAUUCAACUUCUCCACGCAAUGAAGGGAGCGACUCUGCUGCAGGAAAUCCAGAAGGGGAGCUUUUGGCCAUUGGACACAAGAGGCUUUUUUCUAAUCCUUCUCUCUCUUUUUCUGCAGAAGAUCUGAGAUCUUUAGAUAUAGAGGACAAGAAAUUAGAUGAGUCCUCCCCAACACAAGAAGAUUCUGAUGAUGUUCAGGCAUCUGAGACCACUUCUUCCAAGGCCAGCAGCUCAGAUUCAGAUCCUCAAGCUAACAAAAAAAUAGUUCCUCAAUGGCGUGAAUUCAUCCGGGUGCUGAAAAAAGGAUCAACAGCUGGUUUGCAGACCUUUCAUCAUACCAUGCCUGCCAUAAAAAAAUUCUCCAAGAAAAAAAGCAGAAACGCCAGACAGAACAUGGCAGCACUUGAUGACCCAUCUCUAGAUCCGGAUUUGUAUUGCUUCAAGUCUUCUUGGAAGAAUUUCUCCCUUUCAGAACUUCAAAGCAUUACCAACAAUUUUAGCCCUGAGAAUUUGAUAGCAGAGGGAGGUUAUUCAGAAGUUUACAAGGGAGAGUUGGAAGAUGGGCAACUCGUUGCAAUUAAACGACUGACCAGGGGAACCCCGGAAGAGAUGACAGCAGACUUUUUAUCAGAGCUUGGGAUUCUAGUCCAUGUCAACCACCCUAAUAUUGCUAAUGUUAUUGGAUACGGGGUUGAAGGGGGAAUGCACCUUGUUCUUCAUUUGUCUCCCCAUGGCAGCUUAGCAUCUCUACUUACAGGAGCUAAGGAGAAACUAGCAUGGGACAUCAGAUAUAAUAUUGCUUUAGGGGCAGCUGAGGGCCUCUCAUAUCUUCACGAGGGAUGUCAGCGGAGAAUUAUCCAUAGAGACAUCAAAGCUGCUAACAUUUUGCUUUCAGAGGAUUUUGAACCUCAGAUUUCUGAUUUUGGGCUUGCAAAGUGGCUCCCAGAGCAAUGGCCUCAUCUCACAGUAUCACAAUUUGAAGGCACAUUCGGCUACCUCCCCCCUGAGUUUUUCACGAAUGGCACAGUAGAUGAAAAAACUGAUGUCUAUGCAUUUGGGGUACUAUUGUUGGAGCUGAUUACCGGACGACUAGCUUUGGAUGAAUCACAGAAAAGUCUUGUGAUGUGGGCUAAACCUUUUCUGUCUAAGAAUGAUACAAGCGAGCUUGUUGAUCCCGUCCUUGCUGGUGUCUAUGAUUCGGAGCAGUUGAAUUAUAUGGUCUUGACUGCUUCUUUGUGCUUACAUGAGGAUGCACAAGAACGGCCUCCAAUGGCCAAGGUUGUACAUAUGCUUACAAGUGAUGACAAAUGCAGUCUGGAGAAGGCAAGAAAGUUGCAGAGGCGGCGUGCCCUCAGAAGGAUUUUUUCAAAGGGGCUGUCCGAUGCAGAAGAUUGCAACUCAUCCAAGUACGUAAAUGAUAAUCAAAUAGUGCAGAUUGCUCUGGGGCUCUGAAGACUUUGGAAGCCAAGGGCUGGAUGUCAUCAACUUGUCAAGAACGAGGGGUGACAUGUCCCACCAGAGGUGCACCCAUUCCACAGAGCUCUUCAGAUUCAACAACAUUCCGGAUGAUCAGAACAGAGGUACCCUUAUGGUGCAGAACUUGAUUUGGGAUGCUUUUGCACUAGUGAUUCUUCAACUGCUGUCUGUUUAGAGCUUAGGAUGGAUUAGCCUAAUUUGGUGGGGAGAUAAUGUAGAUCCCAAAACUUUGUGAUGGAGGUUCAAGCAGCCAGGCAGUGGUAGUCAAGGUUCAGACCCCAGUAAAUUCAACCUGUUUGCCUGUAAUUUGUGUACUUUUGGUGUAUUUUUUUUUUGUUUAUACCUCAAUAGAAGAAGAGAAGAGAAGAGAAGAGAAAUGGUGAGAAAGGACAAAUGCCAUUGGAGUUGUAAAGUUGCUGUCUGUCGUCUAAUUUGUGAAGAGUUUGUAUAAUCUUCUGGCCAGAAGAAGUUAAAGUACAAAAGGGAAGAAAAACUUUUGAUUUCUAUGGCUUGUUGAUGUGCAGUACAAUACCA